CCAGCCCGGGUCACCGGCGCUCGCGCCCGCCGCUUAGCACUCGGGCGCCGCUCGCUUCUCCGGGCAUCGCGGAAAUAUCUCCGCAGACGGACACAAUGGCGGCGACUGCCGCCACCACGGCCGCCACCGCCGGCAAGGCCGUCCGCAGCAGCAGCAGCAGCAGCGCCGGCACCGACGCCGCGGGCACCAGAAGAUUGCAGCAGCCGCCGCAGCAGCAGCCUCAGCCCGCGGCCGCCGCGCCGGCCCAGCCGCCGCCGCAGCCGCCGCUGCCGCCGCCCGAGCCCCCCAGGAAGCCGCGCAUGGACCCGCGGCGCCGCCAGGCUGCCCUCUCCUUCCUCACCAACAUCUCGCUGGACGGACGGCCGCCGCUGCAGGACGAGGAGUGGGCCGGCGGCGAGGAGAGCGGCGCGGCCAAGCCGGGCGCCGGCAGCGCCUGCGGCGCGAGGACUCGGCUCAGCCUGCUCGCCGCCGCCGAGCGGGGCGGUUGCGGCGCGCUCGCCGCGGCGGGCACGGCGGCGGCGUUGGCAGCUGGAUCGGGCCCCUGCCACCCGCCGCCCUCGCCGCUGCCGCCCCUGGUCCCCGGCGGCCACGCGACCGUGCUCGGCCCCGGGGCGGCCCGAGGGUUCGCGAGCCCCCUGGGCGCGGGCCGGACAUCGGGGGAGCAAUUGCAGCCGCCCCGGCCCGCGCCUCUCACCGCCUGCGUUCAGCCGCAGCUGCCCGACGGGCCCGGGGGCGCCGGGCAGGACGAGUUGGAGGAAGACGACGCCUUUAUCAGCGUGCACGUGCCGGCGGCCGCCUUCUUGGGCUCCGGGACCCCCGGGAGUGGGAGCGGUAGUCGGGGCCGCCUCAACUCUUUCACUCAGGGAAUCCUGCCGCUCGCCUUCUCCAGGCAGACCUCGCAGAACUACUGUUCCCUGGAGCAGCCGGGCCAGGGGGGCAGCACCAGCGCCUUCGAGCAGCUGCAGAGGUCCCGACGUCGCCUCAUCUCCCAGAGAUCGUCCUUGGAGACCCUGGAGGAUAUUGAGGAGAACGCUCCUCUACGGAGAUGUCGCACUCUCUCAGGUUCGCCCAGACCAAAGAACUUUAAGAAGAUUCAUUUUAUCAAGAAUAUGCGGCAACACGAUACCAGGAAUGGCAGAAUAGUCCUUAUCAGUGGCAGAAGAUCCCUCUGUAGUAUAUUUUCGGUGCUGCCGUAUCGCGACAGUGCCCAAGUCGGGGAUUUGAAAUUGGACGGAGGGAGACAGUCAGCAGGAGCCGUGAGCCUGAAAGAGAUCAUUGGCCUGGAAGGCGUGGAGCUGGGCGCUGACGGGAAGACUGUUUCUUAUACCCAGUUUCUGUUACCCACGAAUGCCUUUGGAGCGCGGAGAAACACCUUAGACUCCAUGUCCUCCUUCUCCCAGCUCCGUACCCUGAGCCACCGCAGCCUCUCCAUCGGCCGGGCGAGCAGCGCCCAGGGGAGCCUUGACACAGGUAGCGACCCGGGAGAGUUUAUGGACUAUGACCCGAAUCUCCUGGAUGACCCCCAGUGGCCUUGCGGCAAGCACAAACGAGUUCUGAUCUUUCCUUCGUACAUGACCACGGUGAUCGACUACGUGAAGCCCUCGGAUCUCAAGAAGGACAUGAAUGAGACCUUCAAGGAGAAGUUUCCUCACAUUAAGUUAACACUCAGCAAAAUAAGGAGCCUGAAGCGAGAGAUGCGGAAGCUUGCCCAGGAGGACUGUGGCCUCGAGGAGCCCACGGUGGCCAUGGCCUUUGUCUACUUUGAGAAGCUCGCCCUCAAGGGAAAGCUAAACAAACACAACCGGAAGCUUUGUGCCGGGGCGUGCGUGCUCUUAGCAGCCAAAAUUGGAAGCGACCUCAAAAAACAUGAAGUCAAGCAUUUAAUUGACAAACUGGAAGAGAAGUUCCGGCUGAAUAGACGAGAACUGAUUGCCUUUGAGUUCCCGGUGUUGGUGGCCUUGGAAUUUGCCCUUCAUCUGCCGGAGCACGAAGUCAUGCCCCACUACAGACGCCUGGUCCAGAGCUCCUAGCACAGGCCUCCUAGGAGGGCCGGGGACCACUUCCCCUGAGCUCGCGGGGGCAGCGUGUACUACUGGAAAUGCAAAAAUAGAACUCAACACAGCAAACUUUUCUCCUCUCGACAUGUUUUCGUGUAGAAGCAGUACCAGAAACUUUUCAGGGAGUCUUCCGUCUGGCCAGCCGAGAUGGACUAUGAACCGUUUACUGCUCAGCCAGGAAGGGGAGACCCCUGCAGAAGAUGGCUCCCCCAGCUCUCCACUCACCAGAUUUCCUAGCUGGCCUCACCCAGGCUUCCUCGCGACCACACGCAGACCUGGCAGGCGUGGUCCAGGGCCUUCUCUCCAGCCCUGUUCCAACUCGGAGUGCAAAGUUCUAGAGCAGAUUGGGGAAGAGAAUUUGCAGAAGUUGGGAGAAAGCUUCUAAAAGAUACCCUCAGUGUGUCAAAAGAGCGUGCCAAUCUAUUUUUGUAUCCGCUGUUGGAAGUGCACUUUCCUCUGGAGCGGAUGGCUGAGUGUGAGAGUAUGUGUGUCUGAGAGAUGCCACAUCAGCCCUCCACCCGCAAAGCCAGCCCCACCCUCUGCAGAGCAGACCUCAGCCUGGGGUCAGGAGCCAGGCUGACCCUCGGCAAUUGUUUCUAGAUAAUCUCUGGAUAGCAGUCACUCUCUCCGUACCAGGUGGACACCUUCUGCCCUUAGAAAAUGACAUUGUUUCUGUUACUGCUCCUAGCACCAAUGGGACAAAGAAGACAAGCUCUCACUCGGAUGGGCUGCGUGGAAAGGUGUGGCACGUGACGUUCUAUACCUUUCCGCCAUCACGUCCUGCGUGUACACGAACCUUCGCACUUUCCCCACUGUGGAGAUGGUGGGGCUGGGAUCCGUGGUGUGUAUUCCUGUGCUCUAUGUUAGAGUGCAUCACAGGCACAUUUAUUGUGCUAUCUAUCUACCUACCUAUCUAUAUAAAGUGUUUUAUAAAAUCCAAAAUAGGGGUAAGACGCAUGAUUGGUGUUUUGAGGCUUUUGACAGCUGGGACCAACUGCACCUGGAGCUGAGGCUGAGUCAAUCGAAGAGGCAACAGCUCUUAGCAUCACCACGUCCCCAGGGCUGUUAGUGCAGAAUUUUCGUUGCUACUUGCACCGAUUCACUGGGACAACCUGUAUGGAGGCACCUCAUCACUCUGUCACCUCGUAGCUGCAGGAGAGAGGUGCCCGCUGUGGUUCACCGGACGGAAGGAAGCCUGUGGCCCUGUAAAAAGAGAAUUAAAAUAUUUUAUUGUUUCUAUA